GACACUUAUUUUGAAAUUUUUCCAUUUUACUAAAACGACACUUAUUUUGGAAUGGAGGGAGUACUAGUUUAGAAUAUAAAACUAGAAAGUAAAGAAUAAUGAAAAUGCAUUGUUUUAACGUCACAAUUUCAUCUUUUAAGACUUUAAAAGUGCUUCAUGUCUCAGUCCGAUUCUGUUAUCUAAUGGCAUGUUAACGUUUAACGCUCACGAUCUAAGUUGCGACACAAUUACACAUGUAGUGUACGAUAAAAAUGUAAAUGAAUAACUUGGCAAAAACAAUAUUACUACUUCAAAGAACUCAAUUUAAGUUUGUCACGGGAAAUUUGUAACGUACUGUCAAUCACAAUUUUGUACUACUAAUAACAAACUAAUGGGAUGAUUAAGAUGGUAAAAACACAAUUAUGAUGUCUUUGGAUGCCACAAUAUCCUUUACAAAAAGUACUGUUAUUCUAGAAACAAACAAACAGGUGAUCUUAUCUUGAGGAGUACUACAAUCAAGUGGCCAUUCAUUUAUAAGCACCCAUCCCGAGUUUCAAAUUCCUCAAACUUCAUGAUCAAUUUCAUCAUCUCCACUUACUCCUCCUUCUUCUCCACUAAUCUAAUCCUCCUUUUUUGCUGGUGUUCUAAUUAACAGCUAGCAAAAUCCCAUCCAAAAUUCCUCCCCCCCAAAAAAAAAAAGAAAAAGAAAAACAACAACAGAAAUGGAAACUAAACUAAUAUCCCAAGUAAUUAUACCCCCAUCAUCUCCAACUCCAACUCACCUGAAAAUCUUCAAGCUUUCCCAGUUAGAUCAGCUGAUUCCUGCACCUUAUGCACCAAUUGUCCUCUUCUACCCCAACCCAAACUCUGCCAGUUUCCCUCAAAUCAUUAAAAGAGUCGAAAGCCUGAAGAAAUCCCUUUCAAAAACGUUAGCCCUGUUCUACCCUUUAGCUGGAACCAUCAGAGAUGAUUUAUCCAUCGACUGCAAUGAUAAAGGAGCUUACUUUGCUGUAACAAAAGUAAACUGUCAGCUUUUCCAGUUCUUAAACAAGCCGGAUAUUCAGAUGAUCUCUAAGUUCUUGCCUUGUGACGCUGGGUACGUUGGGCCCAUGGAAGGAACCCGGGUGACGAAUAUCCAAGUGAAUGUGUUUGAAUGCGGUGGAAUGGCAAUUGGGCUUUGCAUUUCACACAAGAUCCUGGAUGGAUCCGCCCUGGAUACCUUCCUCCGUAGCUGGGCAACGGCGGCGGCGGCGGCUGGUGACGGCGAGGUGGAGGAUAUUACUGAGCCGAACUUCAUAGCCUCGUCUCUGUUUCCGGCGAAUGAUUGUUGGCUGAGAGAUACAGCUAUGGGGAUGUGGAAGUCUUCAUUUAAGAUGGGGAAUUCGGUUACAAAAAGGUUCGUUUUCGAUUCCGCCGCCAUAUCCGGCUUGAGAUCCCUGGCGGCCGCCGGCCUGAGGAGGAAGCCCACCCGGGUGGAAGCCGUCUCUGCUUUCCUCUGGAAAUGCGUCAUGGCCGCCGGAAAAUCAAAAUCCUCCAUGUUAACUCACGUCGUCAACCUGAGGAAAAGGGCAGUUCCGGCACUGUCCGGAAAUUCAAUUGGAAACCUGAUUUGGAUUUCCAGCGCAAAAUGUAGCCCCGGAAAAGAACAGCCGGGCGGCUUGGAGUUAGAAUUGCCGGCGCUGGCUGAAAAGAUACAGUUUUCCAUAUCCAAAAUUAACGGAGAAUACAUCAAGAAGAUGAUGCACGCGGGGAAUGACGGAUCAUCAACCCAGAUGAGGAAAUCCCUGAAAGAGAUUGCGGAAUUCGGGUCAAUCUCCGGCGGAGGAGCAGAGUACCUGGGAUUCAGCAGCUGGUGCGGGUUCGGAUUCUACGAGGUCGAUUUCGGGUGGGGAAAACCCGUCUGGGUCAGCAGCUACGCUUUGUCUGCGCCGGUGUUUAUGAAUCUUGUGAUUCUGAUGGAAACCAGAAAUGGGGAUGGGAUUGAAGCUUGGGUGACUUUGGAUGAACAAGAAAUGGAUGUAUUGGAACAAGAUCAGCAGGUUCUGGAAUUCGUUACACUGGAUCCUAGCCCUUUGGAUCACCUGAAACUUUGUUAGAAAAAACAACAUAGUACUGGUCAAAAACUGUAGAUUGCCCUUGUCUAUAUCUGGCAUUUUCAACACACGUUGUGACAAUAACAUCAAGUAUGCUUGUUCAUGACAUUUCCUAGAGUGACUUUUGAUGAGAUCAAUGAAUGGAAUAGUCUUAAUAACGUCAAAAUUAUUAGGAUUCAAUUCGAUCCUUCCACCAUCAAAUCUCAAUAUAUGAAGUUUGACUAUAUGUAAAUUAAAUGUCAAUGGUCACUUCCAUUUCAUUUCAAUCAUACUCGCUUCUCAAAAGACAUUUCAAUAGCUUUUUCUUUUCAUUGGAAAUUAACCAAUCAAU